AUGAGUAGCACAGACCAGCUCGAAGGCUGUAUUGCCGAGCUUACUUCUUCCGCAAGGAGUCUGCUUCUCUACGGCCGGAAUGCGGGUAUUGCUUCUUCUGGACCGCAGCUUCGUAUUCCAGUCGAUGCACCAGAUACGGUUCAUCAAGCUCGCCGAACGGUAUUGGCCAAUAUUUUCAAGUUGACAACGUUGCUGGGGGAUCCAGUGAGCUUGCUCCAGCAGAUGGCGCUUCAGAUCCAACUACUAGCCUGUCUCCAGUGGUUAAGCUGCUCCCAAGUGCUUAUUUGCUUACCCCUCGAAGGAAGCUUCCCUGUGAAGGAUCUAGCCCAGCUUUGUGGCGUUUCAGAGACCCAGUUAUCUCGGGUCCUUCGUCUCACUGCAACGUCUGGAUUCCUGCAGGAGCCACAACCCGGGCAGAUCAUGCAUACACAUCUGUCGAGCUCAUUCGUGUCUCAGCGACGUUUCCGCGACGCUACCCUGUUUAUCGCUGAAUGCUGGACGCCCAGUGCUUUGCGGAUGGCGUCAGUGACGCACCCCCAAGGCAAUACCCCCCAUGUCAGCUCUCCCGAGUGUGCAUACAACCUUGCCUUUUCAACCCCGACUACAUUCCGUACUGCAUGCAGUUUAGCCCCCAAGUUACAGCGCCAAUGGUCGGCGUACCUUCAGUUCACAGGAUACUUCGAUGAUAACAUCGUCGAGGUCCUCACUCGCCUAGACUGGGGCAAUCUGGGUGAGUCUUGUAUCGUCGAGUCCCGUGCGGAAUCCGCAAAUCUCGCCCGGCUUUUGGCCAGAAUCUAUCCUGCGCUACGAUUUAUUGUUCAAGUUUCCGGGAAUAUUCUAGGGGGCUACGAUGAUGCCCAUGAAUCUUCUAUGCCUCAGCCUACCAGCCCCCAGACUCUCCCCGCGGAAACUCACGACAGUCGAAUUAGCGUGGAGACGUGCCCCUUUGGAGCGCCACAGCCCAUUUUAGAUGCAGCAGCUUACAUUCUGCAUCUGCCAUCCCCACUCUCCCCUUAUAGCGCGUCCAUCCGAUCCUUUAUCAUUAAAGAGCUUCAGUCCUACGUGGGCAUCCUGUGCGCCAAUCGCGCUGCCAUCUUGAUCCUGACAGCGCGUUUCCUUCCACCCCCGGGCAGUGUCAAUCUGGAUGUCGAAGCUAUAUCGCGAGUGCGCUCACUAACCUUAUUUCAACUGGUGAACGAACGGGAGGCUGAGGUGGCUGAUAUUGAAGACUUGGUCAACAGCGUGGGGGAUGGAUUGGGUCGACUGGUGGUGGUUGAUAAGCUUCGGACACGAAAUAACCUUCCGGUGGGCUUAGCUGUGAAAUACCAAGAGGAAAAUGGUUCGAGCCUUUAG